UUUCUCCCAUGAAAGAAGAAGAAGGAGAAGGAGAAGCUAGCGGAUUACACUGACCCAGCGUCGAAGCAUCUCUCCGUCGUGACGUGGUUUCUUUUACAGCGAGAAGAAGAAAGCGAUGUAACCGGCAGCAGCUCAACCCGCGGACCAGACACGUCUCCCGGCUGGAGUGAAGGUGUGACAGCAGCAGAACGGUGCAUAAAGGGGAUCCACUGCAGGCCAACGUGUGUCUGUGUGUUUAUGUUGUAUGUUUGUGAGUGAGUGGCACAGCAGUUGGGGGUUGUAACGUGAUGCCAAGAUGCUGCUGUCUCUGGGAAUGUUAAUGCUGUCGGCGACGCAGAUUUACACCAUCUUCACCGUGCAGCUCUUCGCCUUCCUCAACCUGCUGCCCGUGGAGGCUGACAUUUCUGCAUACUCCUUUGAAAACAAAACGGAGACCUUCGAUGACCUGCCUGCACGGUUCGGUUAUCGUCUCCCCAGCGAUGGACUGAAGGGCUUCCUGAUUGGUGCACGGCCAGAAAAUGCGUGCGAGCCAAUCGAGCCGCCUCCAAGGGACAACUUGACCGGCGCCUUCAUUGUCCUCAUCAAACGGUUCGACUGCAACUUUGACAUAAAGGUCCUCAACGCCCAGAAAGCGGGAUACAAGGCGGCCAUUGUUCACAAUGUGGACGCCAAUGACUUAAUCAGCAUGGGAUCCAACGAUCUGGAUGUUAUGAAGCAGAUCGAUAUUCCCUCUGUGUUUGUUGGUGUGGACACGGCCAACUCUCUGAAAGAAAGCUACACAUAUGAAAAGGGGGGACACGUUGUCCUCAUGUCAGACUUCAGCCUGCCACUAGAAUACUACCUGAUCCCCUUCCUCAUCAUCGUGGGAAUCUGCCUCAUCCUCAUCAUUGUUUUCAUGAUUACCAAGUUUGUCCAGGAUCGACACAGAGCUCGGAGGAGCCGCCUGCGCAAAGAUCAGCUCAAGAAACUCCCAAUUCACAAGUUCAAGAAAGGGGACAGCUAUGACGUCUGUGCCAUCUGUCUGGAUGAAUACGAAGAAGGAGACAAACUCCGAGUCCUGCCAUGUUCUCACGCCUACCACAGUAAGUGUGUGGACCCCUGGCUGACCAAAACCAAGAAGACGUGUCCGGUGUGUAAGCAGAAGGUGGUCCCCUCGCAGGGCGACUCCGACUCAGAGGAGGGGGACAGCGGCCCCGAUGAGAACGAGGAGGUGUCCGAGAGCACCCCGCUGCUGCGCUCCCUGGCCUCCACCAGCGCCCACUCCUUCGGGACCAUGUCGGGGGCGUCGCGCUCGGAGCAGGACCCGGAGUCCUCCGAGUACGAGGACGACGAGCUGGACAGCAGCGACAGCGACGAGGAGGUCACCCUGGAGACCGUGGUGGUGCAGAUGCAGCAGCCCUGCUCCGAAGGCCUCGACCAUGACCACGACCACGACUUGCCCCGAGCUUGAAGGAUUGUCGUUGGACCCAACUGGUCGAUAAACCCCCCCUCUCCCUGUACCUCGCCCCGCCACCUCCAACCUCACAGCAUCAGAGACUUAAGUUGGGGGCACAAAACAGAUUAAUCUUCCGAGUUCUUCUGUCACUGCUUCAAAUACAUUGUAAUGUAAUAAAUGAAAACUAAGUUUUAUUUUAAACAUGGUCAUGGAUAGUGCUAGUUUUCUCGUGUGACAGGACGUCAGUGUCUGCAUCUAAAGGGCUUUUUGACAGAUUUGACUGAUGGCUGCCAUGUACAGUAGACUGUUAUACUGUACACUGCUUAGUCACGAAAGAUUUCUAGAGAUUAAAUCACAAGAGAAGUCCUGAUCAUCCUUGACACAAAGCUAAGUAAAAGUACUGUGUAUAUAUAAAGUAUA